ACGCAGUGACGCACCAGGAAGUGAUACGGGCGGCUAAUUGGCUAGCUCCGGGCUAGCGAGUAGAGAUGAAUCUACAUCUGAAAAAGACUUUUGUGUGUUUUCACAGUCUGGAACAGGAUUGACAUUUUGUCCACGCACUCGUGAGGUGCACAGCCACACAAGGCAUCUACAAUGGGCCAACGAAGGAGAGCGGCAGCUUCAUCUCAGAGAGCCUCUGGAGCUCCUGCAGAGGUCACUGGGAUCCCCAGCAGGAAGCACAAUAUCUGCAUGGUGUCUGACUUCUUCUAUCCGAACAUGGGAGGAGUAGAAAGUCACAUUUACCAGCUAUCCCAGUGUUUGACUGAAAAGGGACACAAGGUGGUAAUUGUCACCCAUGCCUAUGGCAGGAGGAAGGGUGUCAGGUACCUGACCAACGGACUGAAGGUCUACUACCUCCCCCUGCAGGUGAUGUACAACCAGUCCACAGCCACCACCUGCUUCCACAGUCUCCCACUGAUGCGCUGUGUGUUUGUAAGGGAACGCAUCACUGUGGUGCACGCACACAGCUCGUUCUCCGCCAUGGCCCAUGAUGCACUGUUUCACGCCAAGACCAUGGGUCUUAAUACGGUGUUCACUGACCACUCACUCUUCGGCUUCGCUGAUGUGAGCUCUGUGCUGACCAACAAACUUCUGACUGUGUCGCUGUGUGACACCAACCACACUGUGUGCGUGUCAUACACCAGUAAGGAGAACACGGUGCUCCGUGCAGCACUCAAUCCAGAGAUAGUGUCUGUUAUUCCCAACGCUGUCGACCCUACAGACUUCACCCCUGAUCCCUCCCAACGCCAAGAUGGCAGGAUCACUAUAGUUGUGGUCAGCCGUCUCGUCUAUCGCAAGGGAAUCGAUCUUCUCGGUGGAAUAAUCCCAGAGCUCUGCCUCAAACAUCCAGAUCUGCACUUCCUAAUCGGUGGAGAGGGACCAAAGAGGCUUUUGCUGGAGGAAGUGAGAGAGAAAUACCAACUACAUGACAGGGUGCGUCUGCUGGGGGCUUUGGAGCAUAAAGAUGUUCGUGGAGUUCUGGUGCAGGGUCAUAUCUUCCUCAAUACGUCUCUGACCGAAGCAUUCUGCAUGGCCAUUGUAGAAGGAGCCAGCUGUGGACUGCAGGUGGUUAGCACUCGUGUGGGGGGCAUUCCUGAGGUGUUACCUGAGGACUUGAUUACCUUGUGUGAGCCAACUGUGCGGGCAUUGUGUGCUGGUCUGGAGACGGUCAUCGCCCGGCAGCGUUCAGGAUCCGUCCCCUCACCUGCCUCUAUCCACACGCGUGUGCAAAACCUCUACACCUGGAAAAAUGUUGCAGAGAGGACUGAAAAGGUGUACGACCAAGUGGCCCGAGAGGAGGUGCUUCCCCUGGACAGACGGUUGCGGAGGCUGAGGGCUCACUGCGGCCCUGUGGCUGGUUCCAUCUUUGCAUUUGUGGCUGUUUUAGACUACCUCUUCCUGCUGCUCCUGCAGUGGUUGGUGCCAGAUCGGGUCAUGGACAUCGCCGUGGACGCCACCGGCCCUCAGGGACUGUGGAGGCAGGGACCAAGCAGUGAAGUUGGAGCUCAUUCUAAAGGUGGCGUGAAGCGACCCGCAGAACCAGACGUGUCAACGUAGCGAUCACUCCAUACCUCUCCAUCACCUCCAGGUGCUUAUGUUAUGUUUUAUGUCCUCUUGUGGCGCCGACCAUAGAUUGUAUAACAAAAUCUAUGACAUGAGAGCUCCCUAAAAAUCAAAACAUCUCGAUGGCCAAACUAAAAACUCAAAGCACACGUUAAACACAUUUUUGCCAAAGAUGGUUUCUGUCAUUGGAGGUCAUUGUUGUCACGCUGCUGUUUGUUCAAAUGUUUGUUUUUCUGAUAACUUUGUUUUUAAUCAGUUAUUUAAAGCUUGAUUGACAGCUGUGUGUGCCAAUCCGUGUGCUCGUGAACAAUGGCGCUGCUUGCAAUUGAUGGGAAGGCUGUAUGUGUGGGAACUUGAUACCACAGUGAUCACCAUCAAAGAGCUUAUUGUAAACUUUUUAUCGUUACUGCGCAGACUCCCUCUUUUAAUGAUGUCACCCGUGUGAGAUGGCGGCAGUUGUGUCUGGGAUAUUUUGGCUCAAUAUUUGUACAGUGAGAGAUCCAUCAUCCAUCUUUAUACACAGCCUUUAGCUCCAUUCACACAGAUAUCACACUAUAGAGCUGCUCCGAAGUCCCUUCGUUAUUCCCCCUUUGCAUUUUCACACAGAACCAAACGACGGCAGCAUCAGGCCACUCCAGUGUGUGAUUAUACACUGCAUCACGGCUUUGUGGAAUCAAAAGAAGCAUGAUGGACUUGACAUGUAACACAUCAGUGUUGGCUUCCAGUGUGACAUAUAAAAUACAUGUCAGCAGCCCUUUAUAAACAAUAACAAUAGCAUUAACAUGUCAAUAAUAAUUAUUUACCAUCUCUGUUAUAUAGCAGCUGAUCUGGUCCUCCGCUCGGAGGGAAAGGAGCUCCUGGACCUCAUUGUUUUCCCAGUUCACAGACAUUUAUGGUCACUGUCCUUCUUGGACUUAGCCGCUGAUUGCUAACAACUACUUUUUAAAUCUCCCGUGGUAAACACUCAUAACACAUUGUAAAAAUGUGUGCCGCCCAUGAUCCUGUCCCCCAGACUCUCCUGCACAGCAAGGCGGCAUAACAGCACGAUAUUCCCAGGGGCUAUAGAGAGCCCAGAGUCACUGUUUUCCCAGUGAACUGCCAUGAAACCUUAUUUUGGAAAAAAAUAUGUAUGGAUGUCACUGGGGAGAGAAAAAUGUGCCAUGAGUACACAUUUGUUUGUCAAUUUAAAAGAUAAUUUUGUAAGUCAAGAAAGACCCAGUUUGUAGUAAAAUUGCUGAAGUAUAAAUAUGUAAUUAAAACAACUACACAAGUAAAAAAAAAAAAGACAAACAUCAUAUGUGUAAUUCAUGGCACAACUUAAACGGGAUCAAGAAACUAUUUGUCUCUCGCUGUUCAAUACUUAACACCGGUAGGGAAGGGAUAUCGCCUCUGUAUUCUUGCCAACUGACAUUUGAAAGAUGGCUACUGAGUAGGGCUGCAGCUAAUUAUGAUUUUCACUGUUGAUUAUUCUGUUAAUUAUUUUUUUGUUUGGUCUGUAAAAUGUCAGAAAAUGGCGACAAAGGCCAAUCAGUGUUUCACAAAGCCAAAGAUGACACCCUAAAAUGUCUCUGGAGAGAAGACACAAGAAAAUAUUCACAUUUAAGACGCUGGAAUCAGAGAAGUUUGACCUUUUUUUUUAAUUACUUGAUUAAUCAAUUAUCAAAUUAGUUGGCGAUUAUUUUUAAUAGUUGAAAACUAAUCAGUGAAUUGUUGCAACUCUACCACUGAAUGUGCUCAUACUAACCAUUGUUUACAUCAGCUUAUCAAAAGGGACCUUGUGUGAAAGCAUUUUAUUGAAGACUUGGAAACAGAUUUUUUUAAUAUAUUUAAUGAUUAAAAUGGAAACCUGUGGCACUCCUCUGAGCUUUAACAAGCACUUUUUUUUUUACAUAGUAUAGAUUGCACUGAACAGAGGAGGUAAAAGGGCUAAUUAGGUUUAAACUUAUCAGAAAAUAAAGCAGCAGUAAUCAGUUUCCGGUUAGAUGCAUACUUCAUUUAUAGCAGUGGCUUUGUAGGUUAAUUUCACUGUUUGUGCAAAGCUGUGUGUAUAUCAGCGCAAAUUCCAUUAUUUAUCUGAUUUUGAUAUCAUGAAUCACUCCUUUGUUUAAUAAUUUGAAAUGUUACAUAUUUAUAUAACACCUGGGAGUUUUUUCAGAUGAUCAUGUAACUCCCAAACUGUCCACACUGUAAAAUAAAGCGUACUUUCUAAUAAUUCACGUGUUUUCAGAUAUCUUUUUACUUAGAUUAUCUACUUAUUGUUAAAAUCCCUUUAUCCACCAAUUAGUGCAUAUGCAUGUAGACAAUACAGACAUACUAUCAAAUACAGAAGAGGCAACAAAAGAUGUAAAGAUGUUACUGAUAAAUAAAAGGACAGCAUGUCAAUAGAAAAAAAGAAUUUGAAAAAAUGAAUAAAUUCAAAAUAAAUAAGGGGACAAGGAGAAUUUAAAAGCAACUUUUUAAAAAUUGUUUUUCUUCUUUUUUUCUUCUUGUCAUUGUUUGUUAUUCUCCUUUAAAAAUGUAUUUAAAAAACUCUCACGUUGACCAAAGUGUUGCACAAAAGGAAUAAGAUGCUACAAACUCACACAUGAGAGACAACAUAACUGUCAGGAAUACAGCUCACGCAUUUAGAGACACAACACACACAGGCACACAUCAGGGAACGCCACAUCAGGGGCGACUCAAACGCCAAUGAAUAAAAGUAGGUUUUGAGCCUGAACUUAAAGGCGUCAAUGUGGGGGGUGGAUCUGAUUGGGAAGGGGGUGCUGUUCCACAGUUUGGGGGCAGACACAACAAUAAUAUGAUCACCCCUGAGCUUCAGUCUGGAGAGUGGGACAGCCAGGAGCCCCAGGUCAGCUGACAUGAGACAGUACGCCUAAACGCAUUUGAUGACUUCUCUCUUGGAAUUAGUUUUACAAAGAGACAGCCCUGUGGAAUGAAGAGCGCCAGACAAAACACAGAUGAGCUGUGAAACAGGAGGUGAUAGAGAAGGAGUGGUGUGGCUUUUCAAGGCCAACAAUGGGGAUUUGCAUAGCGUCGUGAUGGGAGGUUGUUUUGUUACCAUGCCUGCAAAAAAAACUUGAGCUCAUGUAGAGAGAGCUAAAACUAGAAUUGCAAGAUUUUGUAAUGUAUUAAAUGUGCAACAGAUCAGUAGAUGUGUGCCUAAAUAUUGAGCUUACUUUGUAAUUUUUUUAUGUGAAUGAAAUGAUCUUUGGUAUCAUUUUGUCCAGCUGGUGUUCAGUAAUGUAAUUUAAGUUCUUUAUGAUCCUCUCCUGCAACUUGA